AUGUCGAAAGUCAAACUAAGUGAAGCGCAUUUAAAAGUUUUAUCAAAAGGCUUAAAAUUCGUACCAACUCAACGAAAUAUUAAUACAAUUACCACCAUUACAAAUUGUGAAACAUCAUUAAACUCAACACCAUCCUUAAUUAAAAAAGCAGCAAUAUCGGAAAUUACAACUUUUAUCAAUAAAUGGAGAAAACCUAAGAAAAACAACAUGACAAAAGAAGAAAUCAGAUUACUAAAUGAAAUUAAAUCAAUGGAUCAAAUAAUUAUUAUACAAGCAGACAAAGGUGGCAAAAUAAUUAUUAUGGACAAAUCAGAAUACAUCAAUAAAAUUGAAGAAAAACUUAACGAUAAUAAUAUUUAUGAAAAAUUAACAAAAGAUCCCACUGAUGAAUUAAAAUUAAAAAUUAACACUAUAGCAACAAAACUAAACCAACAAAAUAAAAUUAACAUGGCACAGAAAUUACAGUUAACUGGAAUCGACGACCUUCCGACCAGACAUGAUAGCAGGACAACUUUUUCUGUCCUGUCCUGUCCUGUCCUGCAGUAG